AUGGCGAGCGCACGAGGGCGACGGGCGCACGCUGGACUCGGGCAGGCUGCAGCAGGCGCACUCAGCCUCGCACGCGCGGCACUCGCGCUCCGCCAGACCCGCUCACUCCCGCGACCGCAUCCUCAUCGCUCACCACUCCGCGACAGCCUCACCCAGCCUCACACGCACCCUGGGGACGUACAACUGCGCACACAGCUUCCCGGGCGAGCACUCAGGCCACCCGUACCACCGGCAACCCCGCUCGCAGCGACCGCUCCCGUUCCUCCCCCGCCGACCUCGCUUCCUGACGAUCGACCCUCUCCUCCGCCUCUCUCCGCUCUCUCCGCUUCAGCACCGCAGCCAGAACCGAGAUCACCUCCUUCAGAGACUCCCCGUACCGCCCAACUCCCAUCUGACCCAGUCGCUACCCUCGAUACCUCAUCGCCUCGCUCGUAUGACGCUCCCUCGCUCGCGCCGUCACCCAUUCAGCUCGACCUGCCAGCCAAAGAGACCGUUCGAGAUGACAUACAAGAAGAGUACACGGAACCUCGGCUAGCUGCCGAUGCCAUCGCCUCCAAAGUCCCUUCGUCCCGAUUCGGUCGCUUGAUGCACUACGGAGGCCUCGCUGCUACGCUCGGCGUCGGCAUGGCGAGCGAAGCGUUCCGUCGUUCGUCGACUCGGUCAGGCGGGUCUUCGCAGUCGCUACUCAUGAGCGAGGCCAACCUCGAGCGUUUGGUCGCCAAGUUGUCCAAGAUGCGCGGUGCCGCACUCAAGCUCGGCCAGUUCCUCAGCAUCCAAGACACAAAGCAGCUUCCGCCGCAACUCGAAGCGAUACUUCAACGCGUACAGAACAGCGCAAACUUCAUGCCCGAAUGGCAGACAGCGCAAGUCCUAGCGGACAACCUCGGCGACGACUGGCAGACGCACUUCGAGACGUUCGAUAUGCGUCCGUUCGCAGCCGCAUCAAUCGGACAGGUACACCGAGCCAAGCUCGCCCAAGCUUCGCCUUUGCGGGACCGCUAUAACGGCCUCGAAGAGCUCGCCGUCAAGGUCCAGUUUCCGGGUGUCCGCCAGUCCAUCACGAGCGACCUCGGCACCUUGCGCUGGCUACUCGUCGCGAGUGCAGCAUUGCCACGCGGUCUCUACCUCGACAACACGCUGCGAGUGCUCGGGCGAGAGCUGGAGGACGAGUGCGACUACCUCCGCGAGGCGCAAUGCGGACGCAAGAUGCGCGACAAGAUCGCCGCCUCGGCUCUUGCGGACUCGUUUGAUGUGCCCGAGGUCGUCGACGAACUCUGCGGGCCCAUGGUCCUCACAACGAGAAUGAUGACUGGCCGUCCGCUCAAAGACGUGUUUGCGCUCGAUCAGGCGACCCGCGACGAGAUCGGCACGAGGGUCAUGCAGCUCUGCAUGUACGAGCUCUUCGACUUCCGACUCAUGCAGACCGAUCCGAACUGGAGCAACUUCCUUUACAACCCUCGCACACGCAAGCUCGAGCUCGUAGAUUUCGGAGCAACACGCGAGUACUCCGCCGACUUCAUGCGCGUCUACGCCAAUCUGCUUGACGCCGCCAUCGCCGAGAACAGGGAUGAGGCUAUACAGCUCUCGCAAGAGCUAGGGUAUCUGACGGGCGGGGAGGGCGCCACUAUGGUCGACGCACACCUGGAGUCACUUUUCUCCCUCGCGACACCAUUCCGCGACUCAGCACCGUCCCCGUUCCCGUUCGGGACCCUGGGACCACCUAUUACGGCUCGCAUCCGGCAGCAGAUCCCAAUCAUGCUCAAGCAUCGUCUCAAGCCGCCGCCAGAGGAGACGUACAGCCUCAAUCGCAAGCUGAGCGGCGCUUUCCUGCUGUGCGAGCGACUCGACAGCCAUGUACCCGUAGGCAAGCUGUACCGGGAGUGUAGGAGGCCGGUCCCGUCAUCCCUUUGA